GUUGACUCCAAACAGUACGGCGAUCGGCGUUGCUAGUGGGCCUUGGUGAACACUGAUACAGUGAUUUCCUUCAGUGCAAUUCUCAUUACUGACGUUUACUACCUCGGUAGCUGGCAAGGACUGAUCGAAAUAGUACGGUGGCAUCAAGAUGGCAUGGAACUUGGCAACAUGUGAUCACCCCGCUGUGCUGCAGCAUAUGCAAGAAGCAAACACCCAGCUCCUCAACGAAAUCCGCAAAAUAAGAUGCAGCGAGUACAAGAAGUUGUUUCAGCAGACGAGGAGUUUUCUGGAUGCGUUGGAGCGUACACCAUUGGCACGCCAUCGUUCUUACGGUCCGAGCGUGCGGACAAUGAGACAGAUUCGAGAUUGCUACCACACUUCGCAAAAGAUGGACGGUGAGAGAACGACACACUACACAGUUUUACUCGGCUACUUUAUACAUCUGGGAGACGAACUGCGACAGCUUGCCAUUAACGUGAAAGAGUGGUUGGGGGAACCCGUGGAACAACUCACCGUUCACCCUUCCCAGGAAGCCUGCGGCAGGAAAAUAUUGGAGGAACUGGCAUUCUGGGACACUUUCCUGAAUGAAGAUAAUGAUUUCACUGAUCUACAUAAAUACAAAACUUUGGAAGAAUUUCGUGGUUUGAAUACUGGGGAAGUCAGCAUAUAUGGCGCCGUCGUUAAUCUGUUGCCUGUAAUGUUGAAAACUAUCGAACUCAUCACACAGGAGGUAACCAAAUGGUUAAAUACGACCUACCGCCUUGGCAUGGGAAUCUUCAGAAAUGGUAGAAGUAUUCUAGUUCAAGAGUCCUCAAACGGCCCGGCUGUGCGCCCGGGAUCAAGAGCAGGUUCAUACGCCGGUUCACGCUCAGGAUCACGUGCUGAACCUCGCCCAGUAAGCAGUCGAGACCAUCGCCCCAGCAGUCGUGCCAGUUACGAACACCAGAGACCCGGCAGCAGAAGCAGCGCCAUGGUGGAGCGCCCGUCGACGGCGAGAGACAGACCGUGCAGUCGAUAUGGCCACACAAUAGCUACACAGACAGAUUUUCAAAGACCAGCCUCUAAAGAUAUCACCAGGCCUGCUUCGAGGGACGCUCCGCGAACACGAAUUGUGUCAGCACCAGUUUCCAGACGAUCGUAUGGUAAGUCUCAGCUGAACAACUUGCAUCCCGAUACAAUGGAAGAAUAUCCCUAUUGGAACGACCUCCAUGGAAGCCCUCCUCCCAGGUACCACAUAACCUCUACCCGAAAUUGCACAUACACCUCGGAGACAACGGAUACUAACGUCGACAUGGUCGUACCGCCGGAUUAUUUCGAUCGAAGUCACAUUUACCAUCCUCGCUACUGAGAAGAACGCCCCCUUCACCAACAAUUAAUGUUGGUUUAUCUACACAAUUAAGAAUACAGUCAAAUAAUCUGCAAUAUUUUAGUGGAUACCUUCAAGUUGUUGAGCCACCAUCAUUGGCCACCACCGUCGUUUUAGAUAAGCCUGCCAAAUUAUUUUCUAUGGACACAUUGGUUGUCAACAUUCGUGCCUUAUUGUACUUUUUAGUCUAAAACAUUCAUCCCGUGUCAGUGCCAGUACUGUACGGUUGUCUGUACCAAUUCUAGUGUCCUUAUAAAAACCUGUAUAUAUUUUAAGGUGAAUGACUAUCAUUAUUAUCGUAGUAUUUAAACUCUUCCUAAUUGGUAGAAAACGCUGUAUAUAUUGACAUUUUUUUCUCAGGUUUAUUUUCCGUUUACCGCGCUUUCAACUUUUUACAGUUUUAAGUCAUGGUUCCCGGAAUGAAACUCCCUCUGAAUAGUAUCGUAGAGGGCGCAUUCUACGAAACAUGCCCCGUUCUUGCAAUAUUACCCUGGGUUGGGAAUUUGCCAUUAAACACUCUGAGGGAGAUGGUUGUUUUUCAAUCUAUACUGAAAAAAAGUUAUAAAUUAUAUAUCUGUUGAAAAUAAAUAACUACAAUAUCCUAAAAGCUAGUUCAAAACAAAGAAACGCAAUAAUUUGCCAUCCUCUCAUCCCGUAGUUUAUAAUGGCAACCCCAACGUAAAUAGCUGUUAAAUAUAAACAAGUUGUACCAUGUACCAAGUAACUAAUCACUCUGGGCGUAAUCGCACGUGACUACAUGUAUUGUCAGUUUCAGUAAUAAAACAUUUUUUUGUAGAAUAUUUUUGUACCGUAUCAAUAUACUAGUGAAUAUCGUAACGAAUAAUGGAAGUCUAUAAUGAUAUAUAAAUGUAUUCACAUAUUAAAUUUAGUUCACAUAUUAAAUUUAGUUUAUAUGUACUUUUUAUAGCAUUGAAAUAAACAGAUAAUAAUGCGGGUUAA